AAAAUGGAUGCAGUGAGGAGAAACCCGGAUAUCUCUGUGGAUGAUCUCCAAUCAGAAUUCGACUACCAAAGUGAGGUUGAACGACGUAAGCGGAAACGAUCCGAUUUCAAUGAGAAGGACUGUAAUUCACUGAAAUCGGGACGGAAUGAAGCGCGAGCAUGGUUCCAAGAUGAGCACGGUCGUGUGCAUAGACAAAUGUCAAGAUUGAUGGUAAUGGACGCUUACUCCCGGCAUAAGGAAUUAAUAAAUUUGUACUACUUGUCUUACCCUGGAGCUACGAAUAUAAUGAAGCGGGACACAAGCAAAGACAGAACUGAUUACGAUGUGCUCAAGGAUAACCACAAAUUUUUGUGGAGCGAUAGUGACGAAGCUUCUCUACCAACGAGCUGGGAAGCUCGAAUGGCCAAGAAGUAUUACGACAAACUGUUCAAAGAGUACUGCAUCAUCGAUCUCACUUAUUUCAAGAAAAAUAAAAUCGCUAUGCGGUGGAGAACCGAGGCAGAGGUUCGUUCGGGGAAGGGCCAAUUCAUCUGUGCUUCAAAAAAGUGUCUUGUAAAUACGGACUUGUCGAGCUGGGAGGUAAAUUUCUGCUACAGUGAAAAUGACGAGAAGAAGAAUGCUCUUGUUAAAGUAAGGUUAUGUCGGCAGUGCUCAGAGAUGCUCAAUUAUGGUUCCCAGAAAAGAAGAGUAGAUAAGAAAAGGAAUGUUAAGAAGGUGAAGGCGACUACUCAGUCUUCUGAUCAAAGUAGCAAGAAUAGAGAACCGUUGGAUAACGACAAAGUGGCAAAAGAUGGUAGGUUUACUAAUUAUAUCUCACUUCCUCAUGUUAUAAAAUUGUACCUACUAUUUCAAUGA